AUGCCGCCCGCCUCCGAAGUCCCGACACCCGACCUCUCCGCCGCGGCCGAGGAGUUCCUAAUGCGCUAUGGCGGCUGGGAAGCCUUCUGCCGCUACUACGCGCUCAACCCGUUCAUCCGAGAAGAGUACCGCGACGCGGUCCAGAUGCUCGCCAUCGUAAUGGACCGCAACACGGCCUGA